AUGCCAGAUGGUUCUGAACUAUGCUAUGAGCAUGCUCAGGGUGUACUGAGCGAUUGUGGGCGAGACCUUGAAUCCAAGGGAUCAUUCGGCGGUAAAGCUGACCGGUCACAACAGCUGAAGAACCAGCCCAUUGUUUUCGUGCAUGGCGUUUCGGAUACGGCUGGUGAAAAGAUGACGCAGGCGGCCAACUGGUUCAAGUCAAAGGGUUAUAAGAGCAACGAGCUCUACUCCACCACCUACUUCAACGGUGCACAAGGAAACCCACUGAAAUGGGUCGAGUACGGCAUGCGGUGCGAGUACGUGAAACAG